UUGAAUGCGUUUCCACGCACUUUGCGUAUCCAACUCACUCUCUCUCUCUCUCUCGCUUUCUCUCUCCUCAGUAGUUAAAACUGCGUUGACUCAAACAUUACCAAACUUUGAAUCCAACACACCGAAACUGAAACACCAACACCACCACCAUUUUCCCAAUUUUACCCCUCCCCUCUUUCCCCUACCUUCCUCCGCCGGUCUCUCUGCAACCCCCUAGCUCACUUUCGAACAGCUACCGUGGCAAUCCCCGUAAAUUCAACAUGUCCUCGGGGCAAAAUUCCACGCCUCUUUAGCUCAUGUAACAUAUUCUAGCUCUUUAUUUAUUUUUUUUUCUAGAUUUGUUUUUCUGUUUCUUUAAUUUGGGGGAGAAAUGAAGAGGCUGAGAUCCAGCGACGAUCUCGAUUCGUAUGGAAAGGAUCCGAAUCCGAACCCCAACCCGAACCCCAGUCGGACCUCCUCUUCUACCUCGCACAGAAGCUUCUACUACAAACCAGACACUGUACGCAAGGGUUUGCUCUCUUCCUCCUCGUCGGCGUCUUCUCUGGCGCCGGCUCGCUCCUACGAUGAUCGGGACUCGGCCGGCGCCGGCGGCGGGUCCAGGACCGCCCGGAAGAGGCCGGAGCAAGAGUUCGACGGGUUCGACCGGAGAAAAGGGCUCGAUCGGUAUAAUAGAGAUGGCGGAGGGUACGAUCGUAGCUCGAUGCACAGGUCGGAGAGCUUCUCCGUGUCCAGGCGAUCGCCGGCGGAGUUUCCGAAAGGGUUUCGAUCGGAGCGGGACCGGCCGAGGCGCGAAGGGAGCGGAGCGUUGUCGUGGCGGAGGUUUGGGAAGGAGUUUGAAGACAGAGGUGGGAAGGGGUUGAGGGAUGUGAGGUCGCCGACGUGGUCGAAUUCGAGAGAUUCGGGGAGCGAACAGUCUAGGGUUAGGUCUCCGGUGAGGAGAUUUAGGGAUGGAAAGGGGUCGAAAUCGGAGUCCAAGUCCAAGUCACCGACUUGGUCCAAGGACUCGGUGGGGAGUGAGCAGUCGAAGAGUGUUGAGGUGAGGAAGAGAGAGACGGAGGAGGUUCAGGUUGAGAGUGGGAGUAGGGCUAGUAGUGAAAUGGAGGAAGGUGAGCUUGAGCCUGAAGCUGAAGCUCAAGCUGUAGCCGGAGCUGGAGCUGAAGAAGGUGAAGGUGAAGGUGAAGGUGAAGGUCAAGCCCAAUUGGGUCCUGAAGGUGGAGCUGAAAUGGAAGAAGCCCGGGAUCGAACUGGGUCUGAUACAGAUACCAAUAGGGUUGAGAAGAAAGGUGAGCCUUUGGAUGAAGACGAGGUGAGGGAGGAGAAAGGUGAGUCUUUGGAUGAGGAAGAGAAUAGGGAGGAGAAAGGCGAGUCUUUGGAUGAAGAAGAGGUGAAAGAUGUGAGUAAAGAGAAUAUGUGUGAAAGGAAAGAUGAGGAAAAGAAAGAUGAGGGGUUGCCAAAUAGUGAGAACGAUAUGAUUGAUGAAGCUCGGAAUAUGGAAGGUCAUGAAGAUAGGGAUGGUGAAAAAGAGAGUUUCAGGGAAGGUAAUGAGUGCAAGGAGGAAGUGAGCAAGGGCGUGGCUGUGGAGAGGUCGAUGGAAUUGGAAGAGGGACCAAAGCAAGACAAGGGAAUAGACCUUGAAGUGAAGGCUGAGGAUGAUGAUGAUGAUGAUGAUGAUGAUGAUGAAAUCACCGAGUCGGAUAAGGAAGUAACAGAGGAGGAGGAGGAGAAUGAAGUGGUUAAGCUGGAUAUGGUCGAUGCGAGUGUGGGUCUGAGUCAGAAUUUUAAGGACAAAGGGAAAAGCGUGGCUGUGGCACCGGCCCAUAUGGUGGAUUCAGCAGAAGAUGGUGGGUGGAAUGCCAGAGAAUCCAGAGAACUACUAACUUGCAUGGACAAUGAUAUGGAAGGACCAAGCACUAGGGGUUUCGAGUUGUUUUCUACCUCUCCUGUUAGGAGGCAGGAGAAAGCUGAUCACUCUGGUGUUAGUAUGAAGGAUGAGAAGUUGGCACUUGAGCCCCUUGAUCUUUCGCUUAGCUUGCCUAAUGUUUUAUUACCUAUUGGGGCAGCUCCUGGUUCUCCUGAUCAAGCAAGGAGUGUUCAGUCUUUAAGCACUUUUCGUACUAACUCGGAUGGAUUUACUCAGUCAGUGUCUUUUUCAGGUUCUCAGUCAUUUUAUCACAAUCCUAGUUGUUCGCUAACCCAGAACUCGAUGGACUUUGAACAAUCGGUUAAAAGUCGCCCCCUUUUUCAGGGGAUUGAUUGGCAGGCACUGGCUCAGAAUGAGGCUAAGGGUAAAGAAGUUCCUUGGCAGGCACUGUCUCAGAAUGAGGCUAAGAGUAAAGAAGUUCCUUUGUAUCAAAGACUCUUGAUGAAUGGAAAUGGGUCUCAUCAACAACAGUCUCAAUCAUCACAAGGCGUUCAAAAUGGUCAAUCCGUCCAAGGGCAACAACAUCUUAGACAUCCUGAAGGAAGCUCUAAAAUGGCAAAUGGAUUGGAAAGGCAGCUGAGCUUCCAUAAGCAGUUGACAGGUGGACAAUCAAGGCACCAGGAAGAUGUUAGAUCACCUUCGCAUAGCGUUGGAUCUCAUGAAAUGGGAUCAAAUUAUAGUUUUGACAGGAAACGACUAAUGAGAGAGAAAAGUAGUGGUAGUUUAUAUAGAACUAGCAGCCAGAAGGAACAAGAACAGUUUCUCAUUGGUGGGGCUGAUUUUGUCGAGGCAAUCAUUGCCAGGAUCGUCUCUGAUCCAAUACAUGUAAUGGCCAGAAAGUUUCAUGAAAUGACAGGACAAUCCGCAGCACGUGUGAAGGAGACCAUUCGCGAGAUUAUGUUAAAUAUGGAUAAGCGCAUGCAACUGGUUGCAUUUCAGAAGGCACUGCAAAGCAGGUCUGACAUAACCAUGGAGACGCUACUAAAAGCCCAUCGUGUGCUGUUCCAAACACGAGCAGAUGAUGCAAGAAGAGAAGCUGAGGGGCUGAAACGCAUAGCGAUUGCGAAGAAUGAAAAAAUUGAAGAAGAAUAUAGGAGUAGAAUAGCAAAGUUGCGUUUGGUUGAGGCCGAGGAAAUGCGGAACAAGAAACUCGAAGAACUACAGGCUCUAGAUCGAGCGCAUCGUGAGUACUCAAAUAUGAAGAUGAGGAUGGAAGCAGAUAUUAAAGAUCUUUUAUUAAAAAUGGAAGCUACAAAGAGGAACCUUUCUUUGUGAUUUGGCAGAUCAACAGGGGUUUCUAUAGAACUUUCACUGUGGCCGGUGUUUGCAACCUUGCCCCCCGAUAAUUUUAUGUUGUAAUGUAGUUUUUAUGGCUAUCUUUAGGUUUAUUUCCAAAGUAGUUUCUGCUGUAUUUCUUCUUCUUUUUUUCAUUUUUUUUUUCACCACUAACCAGAAUCUGUACAGAGACUGCCCCAUCUCUCUUAAUGUUAUAAAACAGCUCCCAUUUAUUAUUCA